AAAGUUAGUAUUAUUGUAAGUUUGUGUGUGAUUUUAUGAACUACAAUUUCAACGUCCCAAUUUUAAGAGGUGAUAUAGUAGAAGUAGAGGUAUAGGCUAUAGUACUAAAAAUGACAUUAUAUUAUUAAAUAUACCUUCAUGUUCGACUUUAUAUCUAUUUACACAAUUCGUGUUUAUAAGAUCGCAACGCGAAAGAGGAAUCUGUCGUUAAAACAACAGAAACGCUAUUACAUUCUAAUAAACGUGAUGUAAUUAAAUGGGUUAUACUUAACUGUUAAAAUAGGUUAGCUUCAACACAGAGAAAUCAUAACCCUUUAUAGAAAGUAAAUACAUUGUUGUAUGAGUCAGAGUUAUGAUGAGUUUUGUUUUCAUGGAUGAGUCAGUAAAUGUUAUACAACAUUUUAUUUAUUGAUAUAUCAGUCACCGUUAUAAUAAGUAAUUUUCUUUGACCAUUCAAUAACUAUAAUAAUUUAGACUUCAUUAAUGUUUUAUAAUUGUAAAAAAAAUCUCUAUCUAAUAUCAGAAAACAAUGGAAAAUACUUUUAAAUUCGUUUUGGUUGGAAAAUCUGGCAAUGGGAAAAGCGCUACGGGAAAUUCCAUUUUGCGACAGAAUGCUUUCGCGAGACAGUCCAGCAGUUUCUCAGAGGUGACGAGACCAUCGGCAGGCAGCAGUGCCUUCCACGGAGCACACAUUACCGUGGUCGAUGGCCUGAAUUUUCGCAAGUCUAAGGAAAAUGCAGACUUUUCAGAUGUGGAGCAGACGUUGCGGCUGUGCAAUGAUAACUUUUCGGCCUUGCUGGUCGUUUUGAAGUUCGGCUCUAGGUUUGGGGAGGAGGACGUACAGGUUGUGAAAAUGGCGAAAACCGUUUUUGGUGAAAACGUCCUGAAAGAUUUCGGCAUCUGCCUUUUGACGCACGGCGGUAAUUUCAGGUAUGCCGUCGAGGAAGAGGGAGAGUUCUUGAACGUGCACGAGUGGUUCGAACAGCAGACGGGUAAAGUUCGCGAGCUGUUCAACGAAUGCGGUAAGAGGUGCGUCCUGUUUGACAACACCACCAAGUCCGCACAGGUGAAAGACGAACAAGUUGAGAAUCUGCUUGACAUUGUCAGAAAAAUGCCCAGGACCUAUACUUCAGGAGAUUUCAAAGACGCCGAGCGGAGUCGCAAAGCCCUUGUAGGGAGUGAAACGUUUACCGAGUUCAAAAGAAAAUCGGAACAACUCCUGGGAUCAGUGAGGAGAGAUUUAAGGGCUUCUGAAGACGACGGCAGCAAUCGUGCAACUGAUUUUGAAGUUCUGCUAGCCAAGCUAGAAGACGAAAUCUUGUUGAUAAACAAAACAUUUGGAGAAAACUCCAGAUAUUCAAAUGAACUGACCAUACCGUUAUCGGCUGUGGCGAUGGAAAUUAAAUCCAAAAUUAGAGGAAACGCAAGUGUGCAAGAACUGAGGAGGGGCGAAUUUAGGAGAGGAAACACAAUAGUAAAUGAUUUGAGCAGGGGCGAAUUUAGGGGAUCAAACCCAGAUUCUACCAAGAAAGUGACCAGCAAUGAUGUUAGUCACGUGGUCAAAAGAGACGAGCAUCGAUCUUUGGACACUACCACCGUGCUGGGAGAGUACAAACAACUCAGGCAAGAUAUGGCAUGUUUUGAAAAGGACGUGUGCCAAAAGUUAAAAUUGUGGAUUCAGGAACUUCAUAGAAUUCUAUGGAUACUCCCCGAAGGCUCAGAUGAGAGAAAAGCUGUGGCCAGGGAUCUGAAAACUGAUGUCCUGAAACUCCACAAACUAAAUGAAAUUGGCGGAGGAAACUCAAAGGAAAUAAAAUCAUUGUUGAAGAAAGUCGAACAAGACGCAGAAAAUUGUCAAAAAAAUAUACAACAGCGACAAACGGAGGUCAACAAGAUUGAGGUUUGUAUAAGUCCUUUGAAAUAUCACUUUAAUUAGAAAAUUUUAUAGUAUUUUCACUGUUAGGUCUUAUAUAUUCUAUUUUAAGUGAAAGACUACAUGGACAAUUUAACAACUAAUAUUAUAAUUACAAAUAGUCAUUAUAUUCGACAAUAAUUCUUAUUAAAAGUUUGUUCAGCAUAACUAACAUUUUUAAAAGAAAUUUCAAGGUAUUUCGCAACACAACUUUGUCUUAUACAUUAGCAACAAAUACAUUAACAAUAGAUGCAUUUACAACAGAUACUUUAACAACAUAUAUAUGUGCCUGUCAUCUUUGUUGACACGAAUGCAACACAACUAAAACAAUUAUUUCUGUAAUGUCUAAAUUCUCUAAUUCUAAGUCAAAUAUUCUAUAUUUACAGUCACGCCAGUCAACAGCUCCAAAUGAAAUUAACUUGAUUCUCAUUGGGAAAUCGGGGAAUGGAAAAAGCGCCACAGGCAACAGCAUUCUGGGACGUAGAGCUUUCAAAACAACUUCCUGUACAACAUCAUCAUCUGGUCCAUCCAGGAAAGAAAGUUCUCUGGUCCAAAACAUGAUGGUCAACGUAGUGGAUGGACCAGGGGUGGACACAAGUCAAGGUAGACACAUGCUCCAGGCGUCGCUAAGCGAUUUCAAAAAAGCUUUAGAAUUGUGCGAGUAUCAGUUCUCUGCCUUGGUAAUCGUUCUUCAGUACGGAGUUCCAGUCAGUAGCCAAGAAAUGGAAACCGUGAAAAUGUUGAAAGGAAUCCUGGGGAAUGACGUCAUUAAAGCAUUUGGCGUCUGCGUGAUGACACGCGGGGAUAAUUUUGAAAAUGACAUGGAGUUCGAAGAACCUUCCUUGACAUUUAAAGCUUGGUGUCGUCAACAAACUGGUGAACUGGGAAUUUUGUUUGAGGAAUGCAACUUCAGAUGUGUCCUGUUUGAAAACAAAACAACAGAUCAGACCGUAGCAAGGCAACAAGUGGAAAGUCUAUUGUCCUUCGUCAAACCAGGCGGCACGUAUUCUAAAGCAGAUUUUAUUAAAGGGGUCGGAGGUUUGAAAGAGUAUGUAUGGAACACUUCACUCCCUGAGCUGAAGGAGAAGUCGACACAGUUUCUCAAUGACAUAAGGCGACGAAUGACAGACAACGUGAGAUUGUCCACACUUAACAACGGGGAUAAGGUUAGGGAUCUAGAGAAAAUGCUGGUAGAGAUUGAAGAAUACACAAAAAUGAUUCAAGACUUUGGUAGACCUGUCAAAGAGCUUAGCAAAAUUUUACAAAUGCUGGACGUUGCAGCCACUGAAAUAAAGACAAAACUGAAGAAAUAUUCACAAGAUGACGACAUAAGACAUCGUCCUGACAAUGCUGCUGGGAACAGAGCUAAAUUACAAGGAGAUUUGUUUGGAAGGACAUCAAGACAUGAAAGCAACAAAGAAAAUGACAACAACCAAACUGUUUUCGGGUCUAAAAGGUACUGGGGAUCAAGUGAUACAAAUACGUCCCCUUACAGCCCACAUAGUGUUAGUGGAGUGAAAGAACCUCACAGGGGAUGGAUGUCUAAGACGACGUUAAACUCAGACACACUGAAGAAUCCUUUCGCUGGGGAAGCCCGACACGCUCACAUUGAAAAGGGCUCCAAUGCCAUAGAAGAGAAGUGGCGAGAAAUUCGUAAUUCUUUUUUUAAAUAAGACCAAGCUUUAAUCUGGAAUGAAAUUUUGUGCACACUUUAAUACUUUUUUUUCUUUAUAGUUUACAAUUUUCGGACUGAAUAAAAUUUAGAAACUUGUGCUAAAAUUAAUCACACGUCCUUAUUGUGGUAAUAACGGACAUGUAUCAUGACAAUGCUAUAACGUAUUGCAAUUAGGGUGACACAUGUCGUUUUAACUAAAAGGAAAAAAAAUAACAAGUCUGAAGAAAAGGACCAGCAGCAAUUUAUAAACAAAAUAUAAAUAAAUACAUUUCUUAUUUUAAAAAUUUAAUAAAAUGUUUUCACUUUCCAUCGUAUAUUGUGUCAUAAAACUGCACACAACCCCCCCCCCAAAAAAAAAAAAAAAAAAAAAAAAAAAAAAAAAAAAAACACACACCACCCCCCCCCCCCCAAAAAAAAAAAAAAAAAAAGUCACAUUGAGUUAAUCCCACAGUUAAGAUGCUUUUUUAAAAUUGUGCGUCACAUGUCUGAUGCUAAUGAGUAAAAAAUGUAUAACCUUGAAUAUCUAGCCUCAACAUUUAAUCAGGCGAUAGUCUAACUAUAUUUUUAAAGUCUUAUCCCUGAUAUUUUCUUACAAUGAAAUCGUCACACCCCCUUCCCCCUCCCCAUCGUUUCUACCUGAUUUCACAAUUCUGUUCAAGUAAUCUGUUCAUGUGUAGUCAUUAAGCUGUUUAAAAUAUUAAUAAUUUAUUAAGAUCCAAUAAAUUUUAUUUAAAAAAAAUUAAUACAUAAAAUAAAAUAUUGUUUUUCAUUUUAGUUAUAAUUUAUUAUUUUGUAUAUCUAUAUUUUGAAUACCUAAAUAAUGAUUACUUUUCGGUAACAUCAUACUUUUUAUAUAAUGGGAUAAGCAUAUGAUAUCUUCAAAGUUAAGAUUUCCAAACAUGGUUUCUGAUAAUCCCACUUUAUGGUAGAAGCCUCAUGCGUAUUUCAAAUCGUCAGAAGUAGAAGUCUUAUUAAUUUAGAUCAGAUAUAGUGACAGUUUUUUUCUCUUAAAAUGAAUUAGUUUUUCCUGUAA